CAUCGCUACUGUUGACUUUACGGCUUUUCUCUUCAUAACGGUAAAGCGAUCGAAGGUGCUGAUAGCCAAGUCGUGAUCAGUCUUGACUGAAUCAUCACGAUUCGAAUUGUUCUACAUCAAGUUUGAACAGUUGCGGCUUAUAUUCGUGAUUUGAUAACUCUUUCGAAAUGGCACGAUUGUCACGGGAAGAUGAUCUGCAGCCAUCAAAUGUAAUAGACAUGUUGCCUUCGGAUGGUGCUAUCGUACAAAGUGACGACCAAGAGGAGGUGGAUGCUCAACUCUGGGCAGAACAGAACACCCCACGAGCCGCCGUUGCCCGUCGCCCUGUGUCCACAACACGUCCUGGGGAUAAAACUGCGAAUAUGCUUAACGAUGCUAUUUGGGGCUCUUCCGGCUCUCCGCACUCGCCCAUGGUUCCCUCCAGUUCUCGUGUAGUCAAGCAGCUGCCGACUGAAGACCAGAAAAGGAGGUCCUAUGAAUUCAUGGACCAAUUUCGCAGGCAAUCUAACCCGGAGAGCAAGCCUAUUACCUCCUCUCCUUUGUAUGCGCCUGGGAAGCUGAGGAGGCCUAGUUUUCAGGCCCUCGAACAGUUGAGAAAAAGACGCGCCAGUAAUGAAGAAAGGCCAAACGUCUAUGACAUCCAGCCAUCUCCCGAGAGAUCACCUCCUUCUGCUCAAAAAUAUUCAAUUGAGGAGGAUGAGGAUGAGAGGGAGGAGGUGGAGGAGACUGAGGGAGCGCAGCCCCAUGGGGAAGUACGUGACGAAAGGAAUGAGGAAGAAGAGCAUGAAGAGGAAGAACAAGGCACGGAAGGCGCGGAAGAGCAAGGUGUGGGAGAGGAAGAUGCAGAAGAAGAUGUGGAAGAGCAAGACGCGGAGGAGCAAGACGCGGAGGAGCAGGGCGCGGAAGAGGAAGAUAUGGAAAAGGAAGAUGUGGAGGAGAUUCCGAAAAAGAGGACGACCCGUGCAACCCGCAAAGCAACCAGCGAUCAACAAGCUACCGCUUCUUCUGAAGCCGGGCCUGCGGGUGGAGCCAUCAAGCGAAAACGGGGACGUCCAUCCAAACAAGCGGCGGCGUCUUCCCCUCAACAACCAAAACAAACAAUGGCAUCUUCUCCUCAACAACCAAAGAAACGCGGUCGUCCCCCCAAGUCAACGGUUGCAGAAAGUCCAUCCACAGCUGCCCCAAAGAAGCGGGGGCGUCAGUCGGACUCGAGUGUCGAUGUGUCCUCGGCACCAAGACCCAAAAAGGCCAAGACCACUGAUGAGACCAGGGCUAGUGUCAGGGCUAAGAAAGCCGCUCAGGACGCCGAGCCCUCUUCUGAAAAUGGAAGACGGUCCUCUGCAAGAGUGGCCGAGAAGUCGACGCAACCUCGGCAAGUGCAGCCUGUGGAGGGACAGAAAACGAGUCCCAAGAAACAAGCAAAGAGUCGUCAACCGCCCAAGGAGAAGGCAACCCAAGAGGACACCGUGCCCGACACUGAGGAAGAUGGCAGACAAGAAGACAAAACAGCAGUGUUAGUCCAAGACGACGCCCCCCAAGAAGAAGAUGGUGAAGACGGCGAAGUCGAUCCAGCACUCUAUGAACAUAGAGCGGAGCUACGAGCAAUCUGGAACAACAAGCGAGGCGUUGAAAUGGUUAGGUCGAACCGCAAGGCCAAUGGACUCCAAAUUAAGACAAAAACCGUCAAAACCCUUCUCAGAAAAUGUAAAGCCCUUAACGAACUUUGCGAUGGCACAAGCAAUCCCGACAUUGCGGAACAGAGCGAGGAAGACAAGGUCAAGACAUUGAUCUCUCGUAUCCGAACUUCUGUAAAUAAGAUGGACCUGCACGACAAGGUGGACCUCAAGAAUUUUCUACUCCAAGAGAUCUACGCCUUCGUCUUCCCAGGUCUAUUAAGGGUGCUCUGCAACGUCGUGGAUUUCUACGUCGACAGGUACCGUAGCGACGACAACUCAAUUCCGACUGAGCCGCUAGAAACAAUCGUCGACUUCACCGCCACCAUCAUCGAGUUACGAGAGCGCCUACUCACGCACCCGACAGAGGUCCCCGGACACCUUCGUAUCGUUAAGCCCGUAAAGAAUGGCAUUGUCGCACCUCUUAAGUUAUUCCUUGCACAGCUCAAAUGGUGCUUAGAGAAGCAGCGCACAAGAGAACGAAACGAGCGCGAGCGCCUCCAUGACAAGCACCGGCGGCAACGUAUGCGAGAAGAACGAGCACGCGAAGCGGCCGCCCGCGAGCCCGAGCGUAUCCGCAGAGAAGACUGGCGCCUGCUAUACAUCAAGCGGAUGGAGCUGGAGCCGAACAAGUUCCUGCGCUACCGCCUCGAGGGCGAACUCAGCGAGCACUGGCCCAGCAACUCCAACAUCGACGCCAAUGGCGAGCCGUUCGACCGCGUCGACGCGUUCAACCAUCGCCCCGAGGUUGGGCACCGCGCGCCCGCGUUGUCGAUUGCCAGUGAGCCCGAGUGGACGGAUGAGCGGGGCGCUGCGCUGUUGGAGGCGUUGGCUGAGGAGAGUGCCAAGCAGUGGGAUAAUCCCCGCCUUAGUGUGUAUUCGCAGGUGUUUGAGCGGCUGUGUAAGCCGGGCGACUUGUUGUGGGAGUUUUCGGCUGCGGAUAUUGUGCGCAUGGCAAUGCACGCCAAAAAGAUGCUGUUGCCGCAGUUCGAAUGGAUGGAGAGGAUACCCGAGUUUUAGGUAUCGGUAUCUGGGGUUCUGGGUGGUAGUAGGUGGGGUUUUCAUGUGGGCUGGACUGGUUUUCGAUACUUAGGUACUGUUGGUGCUUUUCGGCGUAUGGGUAUGAAAUUGUCUAUCUCGGUACUGUCAAGUUGGCUGUUCUUUUUCUUCACUGGCUUUGAGUUGUUCAUCCAUCUAUACCUAAUAAAUACCUAUAUCUCAGGAC